AUGCGGCAUGUUUCUUUUGUAUUUUUAACGAACGUUUCCACACCUUCUCCAGUGGAAAAAACCGGUGUUUUGAUCAUUUUUUUGAUCCAGGGAUUCGCCAUUGGCUCCGCUGCAUUCGUGUCCGUGGCGUUGUACGGGGCCUUUGUUUUCCGCCUUCGUGUGAAGACUGGCGUUAACAUCUUGGAGCCAACCACCUUUGCCUUCCUCAUCAUCGGCUGCAUGAUCCCGUACUGGUUUGCAGCCCUGACGAUGAAGUCUGUUGGAAAGGCAGCCGGUGAAAUGGUUGCGGAAGUGAAGAGGCAAUUUAGCAAAGUGGACUCCAAGGGCAAGACGUUGUUGACGGGCAGCACUGAGCUGAAACCCGACAGCAAAACGUGCAUCCAAAUCAGUACUCAGGCCUCCAUUCGCGAGAUGGUGGCGCCAGCAAGCCUAGCAAGGAAAGGCCUCCAUGAGACUCAGCUUCCCCGACGACUGGUUGGAGGGACGGCGUCCAGACACAGGCGCCGUCAUCCGGGAACGUAAGGUAAGGGAAGCUCCGCGGAAGGCCUGGGGUUUCGGUCGAGGGCGCUUAUAUCCAGCCUCUGCCCACUGCUUGGCACUCAGAGUUCUACGGCGAUCCCUCGACUCGAAGCUCACGGUCCCAUGGUCCCAUGGUCCGAGGACCGACGCUUGACGCCCUGCCUGGCCUCUCGCGAUGAGGGCGCUUACCGAGUGAUCUUGAUGAUGGACAUCCACAUUGUUUCACGUGUUGAAACAGUGGAGAUUUCCUACCUAUAUCGUUUCAAUGUUUUUUUUCUCUGCUGGGA